UCUUUUAACUUGGCCUGCCGAUUUUUGGUGGGAUACUAAGCGAAGGACAAUGAACCCCGCACGCCGUGAGGCGCUGACAUGGAAUGAAUUCAAGGAGGAGGUGUACAACAAGUACAUUCCCAUGAGCUACAGACGGGCAAAGAUAGUUGAGUUCUACACCCUAAAACAAGAAAGCAUGACGGUGACGAAGUACGACCGUGCUCUUUGUGAAAUGACCCGAUAUGCAUCCGAGUUAGUAGACACAGAUGAGAAAAUUGCUGAAAAAUUUCGUUCUGGUCUUAGACACGAAAUAAGGGUAGCCGUGGCCAACCGUAGAGGAAUUACAUACUUCGAGAUUUUGAGUUGCACUUUAGAUGUGGAAGAGGCACUGCCUAAGGAUAAGACGGUAGCGAAUCCUACACCACAACAACAACAUAACUCUCGAGAUAAGAGGAAAUGGGACGGAGAUCAGACUCCAUAUGAUAACAAGAGGCAACAACCUAACAGAAACCUGCAGUAUGGUAGAAGACAUCAAGGGGCUAAAUAUAGGACUCUGCCCUGCGCCAAGUGCUCUAAGUUUCAUUUUGGGGAAUGCAGAGUGGAAGAAGUGGAUGUUACAAGUGUAGUGGGAAUGGACACUUCGCCAAGGAAUGCCCGAGCAAUAAUAAUGGAAAUGGGGCAAGACAGAACAAUGAGAGACAACGCCCGCAACUACAAGUAAUUGAGGCCAGGCCAAGAGGAGAUCCACCCCCACCCCCACACCGACAACAACGUCAUGACAAUAACGAGGAAGCUACUUGAGAAUGGGAAGAUAAGAUGGAGAACACUAUGAACCGUUUUUUUUAUUUAUGCAAAUUUCUGGACGAAAUUUUUGUUAAGAUGGGUAGAUUGUGACGCCCCGACUUUUCCGAUUUCUUUUAAGUUAGUUUUUGGAUGAUCGUCAAACUUUUAGUCGAAUAUCGUUUCAUAUUAUUUUGAGAGUUUAUGGAAUUUUUUUAGAAGUCCAAAAUAUUAAUUAUUUAUUCUAGUCAAGCAGUCAAAUUUUGGUCAAAUAUAUUUCUCUCAAAUCCCAUUACCAAACGAUUUCCCCAUAUCUCCACUCCCUAAAAUCUCUCCAACAAACCAAAUCUCCACAUAAUUUAUUAUAUAUCUCUUCCCACAAUCUUAGCCAAUUUUCAACGCCAUUCCAUUGUAGUUUUCUUAUCUUCCGUGAAGUGUGAAGGAGAAAUCGAGAGAGCACGAUUUUGUUAAUACCUCCUCUUCUGCAAGUUUUGCCUCUUCUGGAAGGGUGAACUUGUACAUGUUGUUGCGGUUGGGAACAGAAAGUGGUUUGAGGAGUUAAGCGUUUGAGGUGGGCUUUCUAUCGUACAUUAUUGUGUAGGCUUACUUUUAAAUUUACGCAAUAUUUUUCAUGUAUUAGUUAUGUGCUUAAAUUCCAAAUAUGUUGUGUCAUGUCGUAUUUUAUUUUUGAGGAUGUGCCUAUCUGAUCGCCUAGUGGGGAGUGAGUCCCUACUAGAAGUUAUGAGUUUAAUCGAAUUCGGGUUUGUCUAGGGAGUGAGUCCCUAUUCAAGCU